UCACCGUGAAGUGUUCGCCUCGGUGAUUUAGUAGAGAGCGACGGAGGCUCGAAUGCAGACUGCAUUGGAGGGCAACCCCCCAUAUUACAUUAGUGGAAGCUUUAAAACGGGUCGGUUUUCUGUGUUUCUCGUCCUGAUGAAGAAUAUCGUGUUAUAUGAAGUGAGGACCGUCGUUUAACCGUUUCCUCUGGUUGAAAGAAUUCUCCUAAAAAAGCUUGAAGUUCAGACCUGAUUGACAAUGAUUCACAGCCUUUAAAAGCCCUCUGUUUCUGAGUGUCAGCCAGCCCACUCCCUGUUAUUGAAGAUCAGUUCUUGAUAUCCCAGUCAAAGAAAUAUGGCUCUGGUCCAGAACACCCGACCUCAUCUUGACAAGGACCACUCUCUCCACAGAGUGCCACUAAAAAGGCUGAUGCGAGAGAAACCAUUAGAAGCAGCCCCCAUAAAGAAACGAGUUAUGGCUGCCCUGAACUUGUCCUGCAAAAAAGAGCCGGCAUUAUUAUCCCCAUCAUUGAAGCCCGUCAUAAAGACUGAGAAUGUGGAAAAGAUCUCCUCGUUUCUGGGCUGCGGCCGUGAACUCGGCUAUCACCAAGACUCCAAGAUGAAAGAUGGGCAGGAGAACGCUUUAGACCUAAGCCCAGCCUUGAGGCACACCCUGGCCCAGUUCACUUUGAGCAGCCAGUGCUCUCUAGGUGGCCCUGCUGCGUUUUCUGGCCAGCACAGUCAGGAUAAGCUCGCCCCUCUGCUAACCCAGGCCAAUGUGGGUGGGGGCCCCCUGCUGGUGCCUCCAGACAGCUCCACGGACCUUGUGGUGUGCAAUCUGGAAGGCGAAACCAUCUCUUGCUUCUCUGUGGGUGGUGAACUGCGUCUUUGCUUGCCUCAGGUGCUAAACACAGUCCUGCGAGACUUCUCGCUUCACCAGAUCAACUCAGUGUGCGACCAGCUUUACUUGUACUGCUCUCGCUGUGAUGCCUCCCAGCUGCAAGUUCUCAAAAUAUUGGGAGUCUUGCCACCCGGGGCACCCUCUUGUGGCCUCAUCACACUCACCGAUGCCCAGCGCCUCUGUAACACACUGCUACAUCCAGGUGAAAGCAAUGCGCCGGCUGGGGUGCUCAAGGGCCACUCAGUUGGAGAAGAUGAAGAGAAAGAGGCUGAGGAAGGUGGAGCCUUCUGGGUGGAGCACCAGUGCCUGGGGAAGUGCCAAGGCCUGUUUGUACCUCGUUUCUAUGCAAGCCCUGGCUCCCCCUGCAUCCGCUGCUCGCAGUGCCGCCGUCUCUUCUGCCCCGAGCGCUUCGUCAUGCACUCGCACUGGCAGCCUGACAAGCGCACAUGCCACUGGGGUUUUGACUCAGCCAAGUGGGCCUGCUACCUUCAGCUUGGGCGCAGGUACCAGGGGGCAACAGAAGAGGCCAGGCUAAAGCAGCUGCUGGAGACGAUGAAGAUGAAGUUCCGCGGCAUCCCGCUGGAGGCCAAGCUGCCACAUCUGGAGACGGCCCAAGUACAGGAGGGAUUAAAUCUCUGUGCUGGGAAAGAGAAACUGUGUGAAAUUGGCUUGGAGGGAAAGGCAGUGCCUUUGCCCGCCCAUGUGUUUGACCCGUGUCUGCUUGCCGGUUUGAAGGAGGACCCCAGGCACCAUGAGCUCAUGUGGCAAAGCUGGUACCUUUACAUGCAUGAUAAGCUGGCUAAUUCCAACAUGGCUCCAAGUUCUGGCUGUGGUGCCGAAAAAGAUGUGGAGGCAUUAAGAGUGGAGAUGCUGGGAAGCCUGCUCAAACAUGGCAGCAGCCAGGAUAACAAGACACUGGCGCACAAUGGGGAAGAGACUGACCCCAAGGCAUCUGCCACCUCAGGGCGGAAAAAAACAAGUUGCUUUUCUGGUCAAACGCAAAGCAACAGUCCAGACGAGUGGCCGCGAGUUUCCAUAGAAACGCCCGUGUGCGAGAAGUCUUUCAGUGGCGGUCUUGAGGAAAACAAGGACAGCAUGGUGGUGGAGGUGCUUCAGAUGUACAAUGCUCAGCAUGAGAAGCUUCAGUCAACCCUCCGCAGGCAGCAACAACUGGAAAAGCAGGAACUGCAAGCGCUGCGCAGGGACGAGGUGGCAGAACAGCGCCACCUGCAUGGCGAACUGGAGGUGGUGCAGACGGAGCAUGCACAAAAGCUGGGGGAGGUGCAAGAGGAGCAGAGGAGGCUUAAGUGCAGGCUGGAGCAGCUGAGGCAGCAGGGCUGCAGGUGCAGAGAGCAGCAGGGGGGCGAGCGACAGCAGGAGAGCCAUUACGCAGCACAGUUAUCAGAGCUGCGUAAGAGGCUGGACCGUGCUGAGGAAGACCGGGAGGAAUUGCAGGAGGAGCUCCGCAGGGAGAGAGAAGCCAGGGAGAAGCUGGAGCGGACCAUCGCUGAACUCAAACAGCAAAUGAAAGAGUCUGUACCAGGAUCUCCACUGGACAGCCCCUUGUCAAGCUCUUCUGAUGCACUGAUGUCUCCAGCUCCAUAGUCCAGCGUUCAGAUCAACCAACAGCAUCACAUCUUUAUAACUCUGACCAAGUUUUGUGUUGGGACACUUUAUUGGCCUUGUAAUUUCAAAGCCAAAUUUGCUUUUUAUCAUAGUUGGCGACAUGGCCAAAGCCUCAAAUCUCACUGAUUUGUGUAAGGCCUUUAUAAAGAAAACGUUACUGUUUCACGCAACACAUUAUGUGCGCACAAAUAUAACAACAGUAUAUUAGGUUACUAGUCUGUUCUGUAAUACAAAUUUGAUCAUAAGGAGCAUUAAAUGCUUUUUACUGCAAUCUCCUUUUGUAUUUAGGUUCUCGCACACAAAUAGAAAUCUUUAGUGUGCGGGAACACAACAAGAAUUUUUUAACCUGCACGUGUGUAAUCCGCACCAUUUAUUAUUAGUCAGUGCAAUGACUACUGUUAGAGAAAAAAGAUAAAAUUGAAAUAUAAUUGUUAUAAAAAAAUAACAUGAUAUAUUGUUUAUAAAAAGUAUUUAUUGUUUUAUUGACAAAUGUUAUGUGAGCAAAACCUUUGUAAAUCUAUACAUACUUAAAGGUACGCUAAGUAUUUUUUUUUGUUUUUUUUGCCGUUUCACUCACAAACCACAUAGGCCUCGUAAUGACAAGCUGCUAGUAUUGCCACUUGCCACAUGACUCGUCGUGACCUAGGAAUGGCAAGAAACAUUCAGAAUUGCUCUGUCCAGUGCAAGAAUAACUGGGAAGCUUUGCAGCUUGUUGCCAUGUAACAUUCCAUACUCCUGCCGUUUAAAGGCACAUCCAUUUUUCAUAACACUCUGUAACAUUCAGUUUUAAUAGAGAAUUUUAUUUGGUGUACCUUUAAGUUGUCUUUUCUUUGCGAGAUGCAUUUACAUUUUACGUAUGUAUGCACAGUUUGAAUGUACAAUAUGUAUGCAUGUAUGUAUGCUAAAAUAUAACAGUUAACUGAGUUUACACCAUGGUAUGGAUUAAAAAAAAAUAAUGUAUAUAAAUGUUUUGUAAACCAUUUCUUAUGAAUGUUGUACAUCCUCUCAGAUUUUCUGAUACUUUAUGUUCUUAUUGUUUUAUUUCUUUUUGAGCUUUUACAAAUUAACAUGUUAGUUUAUAUUAGUAAAACAGAAAAGAUAUAAAAUGCUCUUUAUAUUCUCAAUUUGCUAAUAAUCACAGGAAAUUAUAUCGACCACUGUAUAUCACAUUGUGUCAUAAGUACAGAUAAACAGGGUUUACUUAACAUAUGCCAUGAGAUGAGAGCGACAUGAUGAGAGAACUGAUUUUCUGAUUGUAGGCUCUCUUUUUGACAAUCAGAGGGAAUAUCUUCAAUUCCUUGGACAUAAACACUUAAGAAUGAGCUGAUGAUGAAAUUGUUGCUACCUCAGGUGAAUAUAUAUAUAUAUAUAUAUAUAUAUAUAUAUAUAUAUAUAUAUAUAUAUAUAUAUAUAUAUAUAUAUAUAUAUGAGCUGUGUAUCUGUGUUUCUUACAGUAUGGACUGAAUAAGAAGAUGGGAGUAUUUUGGCAGUCUGAGCUCUAAUUACCUCUGUGCUGUUUCUAUGCUGCUUUAUGGGCUAAGUGUUACUGGCUUCUUCAUGCGAGCUGACCGAGAGGUGCAUGUAUAAUAUUAAACACACAAAAAAGGAUGUCCCUCAUAAAUAUGCUGAGUAUUUCUUUACCCACCUUUUCACAGUGUGCUAAUGUUUUAUUGGGUUCCUUCCUGAAGCCAUUGCUUGUGUCUGUAUGGUACGAGAUGACACUUUUUGUCCUACCUCCACCUGUGAUUAAGCCACAUUGUAUCACCGCAACUUUGUGUAUGUCAGUUCAUUUGCAUUGAUAUUCUCAUUUAUUGUUGGGGUUAACAAUAAAACCUAUUCCUAUA